AUGGCCUCCGCCGACUCCUUCCUCCACCUCGCCCGCCCCCUCGGCCCCGCCCAAAUCACCACCCAGCCCUCCACAGCGCCCCUCUCCGUAACAGUCCAGCCGCAAGCCCUCUUCAGCAUCCUCGACCACUCCCUGCGGCGCAACGCAGACCAAGAACGCGUGAUCGGGACCCUCCUCGGCAUCCGCAGCGAAGAUGGCACCGAAGUCGAGAUCCGCAACUGCUACGCGGUGCCGCACACCGAAACCGCCGAGCAAGUGGAGGUAGACAUGGACUACCAGAAGGAGAUGCUGCGGCUGCACCACCGCGCGAACCCGAAGGAGGUGCUUGUGGGCUGGUACGCGACGAGCAGCGAGCUGAACACGUUCUCGGCGCUCAUUCAGAAUUUCUACGGCCAGCAGGGGGACGGCACGUUCCCGCAUCCCGCUGUGCAUUUGACGGUGUCGACGGCGCCUGGGCAGGAUAUCGAGGCUAGGACGUAUAUUUCGGCGCCGAUUGGGACGACGCCGGAGAGGGCGGCGGAUAGCUGUUUGUUCAUUCCUGUGCCGCAUGAGAUCAAGUACGGGGAGGCGGAGAAGAGUGGGUUGGAGAUGAUUGCGGGAGCGAAGGACAGGGAGGACAGGACGCAGCCUAUCUUAACGGACAUCGAGAGCUUGGAGAGGGCGAUAGAGCAGGUUCUCGAGAUGUUGGAGAGGGUCAGCAACUACGUCAACAAUGUGCUGGAUGAGGAGGCGCAGCCGAGCAGCGCGCUGGGCCAGUUUCUGAUGAAUGCGCUCAGCUUGGCGCCCAAGGUGGAUCCGGCGAAUAUCGAGCGCGAUUUCAACAACCACAUCCAAGACGUUCUAGCAGUUUCUUAUCUUGCCAAUACCAUCCGCACGCAGAUCGACCUCUCCAACCGGUUAGCGACCGCAGCGCUCACAAUGGGCACUGGCGAUGCUCUAGGUGAGUCGGCCAAAGGUGGCGAGCAACCCCAGCGAGGCGGCGGCGAUUCGAGACGUGGUGGAAGAGGAAGGGGCGGCAGGGGUGAUAACAGACAGCGUGAAGAGUGA